CACGUGAAGCCAAUAAGAAGAGCAGGUACCUCAUCCUAAUACACAAUUUCUCUUCGAAAAUGCCUGUGGAUCUCCUACUUCAAUAGCGCAUUACCAAGAAAAAAGGUGAAAGAAUGAUCGAAACUGCUCUGGCCGUUCGAUUUCCCGCCGGCGCAAACUUCUGCUACUCCUCUGCCUUGUCCUAUCACCGUCCAGCUUGGACUUCGGAGGAUGUAUCUAGUAUAGUCCAUGCUAGCAGCUUUUGCCGGCUUUUGCAUUCUUGCACUUCCGACGUGCAUUGGAAAAGAUGCCAAAGACUUAAUAGUAAGUCUCUCUUGGGAAGGAACAAUCUCAAAAAGAAUGGAAUCCAAGCAUCAGCAGAGCAUUUGGGCUCUGCAUCAGAUCCAAUUAAACAAAAUAGGGGAUUGCAGUAUCAUCCAUCUGAGGAGCUUGUGAAAUCAAUAACAGAGAUUGCUGAGGAUGUUAGACCUACCUCUGCAGAAACUACGAGAACAAUCAUUGAGGUAAAUAGCAAAGCAACAUUAAUGUUCGCGGGUUUGAUUAACAAUGAAGUUCAGGAAAAUAUUAUCUGGCCAGAACUACCAUAUGUUACUGACGAACAUGGAAAUAUCUAUUUUCAAAUGAAGAAUACUGAAGAGGCCAUGCAAAACCUAACGUCAGAAAAUAACUUUGUGCAAGUUCUUAUUGGCCUUGAUACCAUGGAAAUGAUCGAUGAGAUGGAGUUGUUUGGUCCAUCAGAAAUUGAUUUUGGAUUUGAAGAGCUUGAUGAUGAGGCUACAAAUGAUGGAGAUGAUGAUGAUCGUGAUGAUGAAGAUGAAGAUGAAGAUGAGGAUGAGGAUGAGGAUGAUGCAGAUGAUGAAUACAAUAGGGACUGGGUUUCUGUUAUAGACGAUGAAGAUGAUCAAAAUCACUCUGAUGAGACCCUAGGAGAUUGGGCAAAACUAGAGACAAUGCGUUCAUCACAUCCAAUGCAUUUUGCCAACAAGCUUUCAGAGGCUGCAUCAGAUGAUCCUAUUGAUUGGAUGGAACAGCCUCCUGCAACUUUAGUGAUUCAAGGUGUUCUAAGACCUGCAUUCAGUGAAGAGAAUACUGUUAUCCAGAAGCAUCUAUCCAGUCGCCAUUCAAUUACUGGUGACAUAAACGAGGCUCAGAAACUUGAAGUUGAAGAUAACCUUGAAAAUCAUGGUAGGAUCAAUCAUCAUGGUCAUGAAUCAAGCUCAUCCAAAGAUGGUUCAAACUUGACGGAUGCAUUGGAUGAAAAUAUUCCAGUGAGCGAUGCUUCAUUUUACCGGCUGGAGAUGAUAAAAGUUCAGCUAUUUACAGGACAUGCACAUCCAAGCAACGUUGAAAUAGAAGAUCUCAUGAAAGCUCAACCUGAUGCAAUUGCGCACUCAGCCGAAAAAAUUAUUUCUCGUUUAAGAGCAGGUGGAGAAAAGACCGCACAAGCGCUCAAGUCUCUCUGUUGGAGAUGCAAGGGCAUUCAGGUCGAGGAGGCAGUAAUCAAUGGUAUCGAUUCACUUGGAUUUGAUGUGAGGGUUUGCUCCGGAACUCAGGUCCAAACAUUGCGGUUUGCGUUUGAUACACGAGCAACCUCAGAAUUCAGUGCGGAAAAACAGCUGAACGAGUUGCUUUUCCCGAGAAUGCAUUCGAAACCUCAGAAAAUGAAACAAACACAUCAAAAUGAAUGUUAAAACAUUGUAAGCCUUCUCAGUACAUUACAAUCUAAUGAUGGGUGUGUUUGGCCUUCUCAGGUUCUGAUCUUUGAUGUUUGAAAGCAGAAUGGAAAUAGGUAAAUUUAUUUUAAAUUGUCGAUUCUUUAGAUUAUGGAUCCGGUUAUCCGGUGAUUGCAAAUCUGCAGUCAUUCUUCAAUUCUUAUCAAUUGGCCUCUUCCAACA